AUGAAAUCCAAGUCAGAGACCCCAGAGCUGCCAACCGAACUCAUAUGCUUCCAGAUACUCUCAAGGCUACCUACCAAGUUGGUGGUCCGUUGCAGAUGCGUCUGCAAAUCAUGGUCCGAUCUUACCCGCCACCCUUCUUUUCUCGCCUUCCACCGCAGCUUCCGGUGCAGCUCUUUCACUCACCUCCUCUUCACCACGUCGUCCGAGACCACAACCGCACCUCAGCACUUUUACUCUUGCAAACUCAACCAAGAAGGAGGGAAUAAUAAUAUUAUCAAUCCAACAAAACACCUCUUUAGCCUUCCAGCACCUGCCUUUUCCUUUCUCGCCGGCACACAUAGUCUCAAUGGCUUGACGAUUUUAGCCGAUGAGUAUAUUAAUGAAAAACCUGUUUAUGUUUUCAAUCCCUGCACUGAAGAGAUUAUAACUCUUACAGAUACCAACUUCGUAGCCGAUUUGUCUACACACCAUCUCGGAUUCAGUGCUGUUACAAACGAGUAUAAGGUUCUCCAAGUGCAUUGGUCUGGAUCUUCUGAUGGCGAGGAUCAGGAAAAAUAUGUGACUUCUUUGAUGUUCAAAAUUUUUACUCUAGGUACAACUUCAUGGAGGCACAUAGAGUUGAACUUUCCUUUUGAUCCUCGUAGGCUAGGGUUUGCUAAGAAAAGUGUGUGCCUUCAUGGAGGCAUCCAUUGGAUGCAUAUGAAUCAGAAGAUUAUAGUUGUAUUUGACGUUGCAGCCGAGAGAUUCAGAGCCAACGUCCCACUUCCCGGAGAUUUUGACUCCGGUGAUAUAGUUGAAGCGGGUGGAUGUGUGGCUGUGUAUGGUGACAAGUCAUUGAUUCAACAAGACAUUAUGUUGAUGUGGAUUUUGGAGGAUUACGAAAAUCAUGUGUGGGUUAAGAAGACUAUCAUAUUUCCGUCCGGUUGGGAGACAUUAAGAUGCCCUAUUCCGGUGGGUACAAUCCACACAGGUGAGCUCCUGCUCAAGCCUACGAUCCGGGAUUCAGAUGAUAUCUGCGUGCAUCUUUACAAUAUGGAGAGCGAUAGCUUUCGUAAAUGUAAGAUUGGUUUGCCUGUGAAGUAUGGUCUUUGGAGCUUGCUUACCAGCUAUGAUGAAAGUGUAAUCUUCUUGAGAUCCUGA